UCGCCAAGGCGCGUCUCUCCCCCGUAGCCCACAUCAACUUUGAGGAGGAGCGGGGCGUGGACUUUUCUUGGUCUUCAGACUUUAGGAGACGGACUGCUUUGAGGGGAAAAGGGACUAUUGAGAAAGCGAUUAAUAAACAGCAGGCUACAUGAUAUCAAGACUUGAGACAGGAGCGGUGACCAGCCCAGAGAGGAAGUCUUGAGUCUAAACAUGGAUGACAUCUUCACUCAGUGUCGAGAGGGGAACUCUGUAGCUGUCCGACUUUGGCUGGACAACACAGAAAAUGACCUGAACCUGGGUGAUGACCACGGCUUCAGCCCUCUGCACUGGGCCUGUCGAGAGGGCAGGAGUGGGGUGGUGGACAUGCUGAUCAUGAGAGGAGCUCGGAUCAAUGUGAUGAAUAGAGGAGAUGAUACACCACUGCACCUCGCUGCCAGCCACGGACACAGAGAUAUAGUGGCUAAGCUGAUUCAGUGCAAAGCAGACCCCAAUACAGUCAACGAACAUGGGAACACACCUCUGCAUUAUGCUUGCUUUUGGGGUCAAGACCAAGUGGCAGAGGAUUUGGUUGCCAGUGGUGCUCAGGUGUGCAUAUGUAACAGAUAUGGACAAACACCUUUGGACAAAGCCAAACCUCACCUUAGGCAAAUCCUUCAGGAAAAAGCUGAGAAAUUGGGCCAGAACAUGACCAAAAUCCCCUAUAAGGAAACCUUCUGGAAAGGGACAAUGAGGACACGACCCCGUAACGGUACUUUGAAUAAACAGGCUGGUAUAGAUUAUAAGCAGCUCUCACUUUUGGCCAAGAUCAAUGAAAACCAGUCUGGAGAGUUGUGGCAGGGCCGGUGGCAGGGCGAUGAGAUCAUAGUAAAGGUCCUACAUGUGAGGGACUGGACGACCAGGAAGAGCAGAGAUUUUAAUGAGGAACAUCCAAAACUCAGGAUCUUUUCCCACCCAAACAUACUUCCUGUCUUGGGUGCAUGUCAGUCACCUCCAUCUCCUCACCCGAUCAUUAUUACUCACUACAUGCCAUAUGGGUCCCUCUUUAAUAUCUUACACCAGGGCACAACUCUUGUCGUUGAUCAAAGCCAGGCGGUAAAAUUUGCAUUGGAUAUUGCAAGUGGCAUGGCUUUCCUCCACACCUUAGAGCCAAUGGUUUCCAGACUCUAUCUUAACAGUAAGCAUGUUAUGAUUGAUGAAGACAUGACAGCCAGAAUCAGCAUGGCAGACGCCAAGUUCUCUUUCCAGUGCCCGGGCCGUAUGUAUUCUCCUGCUUGGAUGGCCCCUGAAGCUUUACAGAAGAGGCCUGAGGAUAUCAACAGGAGGUCUGCUGAUAUGUGGAGCUUUGCAGUGUUACUGUGGGAGCUGGUGACACGGGAAGUCCCCUUUGCCGACCUUUCAAAUAUGGAGAUUGGCAUGAAGGUGGCUCUAGAAGGACUUCGACCAACAAUUCCACCUGGUAUUUCUCCUCACAUCUGUAAACUGAUGAGGCUCUGCAUGAAUGAGGACCCUGCGAAGAGACCCAAGUUUGACAUGAUUGUGCCCAUUCUGGAGAAGAUGCAAGACAAAUGAAUGGCUCUUAUUUUUGUAUGCAAACCACUCUUCACUUUUCAUGCAUUUGCUAAGCCACUGUAAAUAUAUGGAUCAUGCCAGAGACCACUUAAGCAGACACAUGUUACAUUGCUUUUCUUGUCAUAUUUAAAAUUUAGAUAAAAAAGACAACUUAUUGCUUUUAUUAUGGUUUUAACAUUGUUGUGGACUUGUACCAUUUUAAGACAGAACAGCAAACCAAAGAAAUGUGUAAACAGUCUUUA